AAUCUUCUGUGCUCCAUGGAACAGGCCCUGAAGAGACAGGACAGUCCCGCCAAUUCUGUCCGGAUGUCACCCACAUACAUAGGGUCCAUGCCAAAUGGCACUGAGCAGGGAGACUUCCUGGUAUUGGAGCUGGGGACUAAAGGAGCCUCACUGCGUGUGUUGUGGGUGACACUGACAGACACCAAAGAACAGUGUGUGAAACCCAAGAGCCAGGAGUUCGUGAUCCCUCAAGAGGUGAUGCUAGGUACUGGCAAGCAGCUCUUCGACUUUGCUGCCCACUGCAUGUCUGAAUUCCUGGAUGCACACACCUUGAAGAAUCAGAAUCUGAAGCUUGGGUUCAAUUUCCCUUUUCCUUGUCACCAGACGGGCUUGGACAGGAGCACCCUCAUUUCCUGGACAAAAGGCUUUAGGUGCAGUGGUGUGGAAGGCCAGGAUGUGGUCCAGCUGCUAAGACAGGCCAUUCAGAGGCAGAAGGCCCACUGUAUUGAUGUGGUGGCCAUGGUGAAUGACACAGUGGGCAUCAUGAUGGACUGUAAAUGUGACUCCAAGUUUUGUGAUGUUGGGCUUAUUGUAGACACUGGCACCAAUGCAUGUUACAUGGAGGAGGCACGGCACGUGAAAGCUCUGGAUAAUGACCAUGGCCGCACCUGCAUCAGCAUCGAGUGGGGCUCCUUCUGUGAUGAGGCCACCCUCGGGCCAGUCCUGACCACCUUCGACCAUGCCCUGGACUGUGAAUCCCUAGAUCCUGGUGCUCAGAGGUUCGAGAAGAUGAUUGGGGGUUUGUACUUGGGUGAACUGGUGAGGCUGGUGCUGGUCCACUUCGCCCAGCAUGGGAUCCUCUUUGGCGGCUGCACCUCUCCUGCCUUACUGAGUCAAGGCAGCAUCCUCUUGGAACAUGUGAUCAAAAUGGAGGACCCCGCCACUGGGAAAGCCGAGAUCCUCGCAGUCCUGCAGGACUUGGGUCUGAGCCCUCAGGUCUCAGAUGUUGAACACGUGCAGCAUGUGUGUGCGGCGGUGUGCACACGGGCUGCCCAGCUCUGUGCGGCUGCCCUGGCUGCAGUCCUAUCCCAUCUCCAGCGCAGCCGGGAGCAGCAGACACUGCAUGUGGCCGUGGCUACUGGAGGGCGAAUGCUUGAAAAACACCCCAGGUUCCACCAGACUCUAAAGGAGAUGGUAAUGCUCUUGGUCCCAGAAUGUGAUGUCUCUUUCAUCCCCUCUGUGGAUGAUGGUGGCCAGGGUGUGGCAAUGGUGACAGCUGUGGCUGCCCGCCUGGCUGCCCACAAGCGCAUCCUGGAGGAUACCCUGGCACCAUUUCAGCUGAGCUUCGAGCAGCUGAAAAUGGUGCAGGCACAGAUGCGGACAGCUAUGAUCAAGGGGCUUCAAGGAGAGGCCUCCUCCCUCCGCAUGCUGCCCACUUAUGUACGAGCCACACCCGAUGGCAGUGAGCGAGGUGAUUUCCUGGCCUUGGACCUAGGGGGCACCAACUUCCGGGUCCUGUUGGUACGUGUGGUUGAAGGCAGUGUGCAGAUCACCAACCAGGUCUACUCUAUCCCUGAGCAUACAGCCCAGGGCUCUGGAGAGCAGCUCUUUGAUCAUAUUGUGGACUGCAUUGUGGAUUUCCAGCAGAGUCAGGGCCUGAGUGGACACAGCCUACCCCUGGGGUUCACCUUUUCCUUUCCGUGCAAACAGCUUGGUCUGGACCAGGCAAUUCUCCUGAACUGGACUAAGGGGUUCAGUGCAUCAGGCUGCGAGGGCCAAGACGUGGUAAAUCUAUUACGGGAAGCCAUUAGGCGCAAACAGGGAGUGGAGCUGGAUGUGGUUGCCAUUGUCAAUGACACUGUGGGGACCAUGAUGUCCUGUGGCUAUGAUGAUCCCCGUUGUGAGAUAGGCCUCAUUGUCGGAACGGGCACCAAUGCCUGCUAUAUGGAGGAGCUCCAGAAUGUGGCAAGUGUGGAAGGGAACUCGGGCCGCAUGUGCAUCAACAUGGAGUGGGGUGCCUUUGGGGACGAUGGUACACUGGGCAUGUUCCUCACCCGCUUUGAUGAUUGUGUGGACCAGGCAUCCAUCAAUCCAGGCAAACAGAGGUUUGAGAAGAUGAUCAGCGGCAUGUAUCUGGGGGAGAUUGUCCGCCAUAUCCUCCUGCAUUUAACUAGUCUUGGUGCUCUCUUCCGGGGCCAGAUGACUCAAAGCCUUCAGACCAGGGACAUCUUCAAGACUAAGUUUCUCUCGGAGAUUGAAAGUGACGGCCUGGCCCUGCGUCAGGUCCGAGCCAUCCUGGAAGACCUGGGGUUGCCUCUGACCUCUGACGAUGCCCUGAUGGUCCUAGAGGUGUGCCAGGCUGUGUCUCGGAGGGCUGCCCAACUCUGUGGGGCGGGUAUGGCUGCGGUAGUGGAAAAGAUGCGAGAGAACCGGGGCCUGCAGGAGCUGACAGUGUCCGUGGGCGUAGAUGGGACACUCUACAAAUUACACCCUCACUUCUCCAACCUGGUGUCAGCUACAGUUCAGAAGCUAGCCCCUCACUGCAAGGUCACCUUUUUGCAAUCAGAGGACGGGUCUGGUAAAGGUGCAGCUUUGGUCACUGCUGUUGCCUGUCGCCUUGCCCAGAGAGCCAGUGUCUGAGGGAAUAUCCGAGAAUGAUGGGAUCUCACCAGACUGAGACCUCAGCCUAGCCUGAUCCCCUGGCAGACCCAACCACCUGUGACCCCCCCAAAGCAAGCCUUGUGUGACCCCUUAUAAACA